CAGACACGCUAAGCCGUCAGAAAAAUCAACACGAAAUAAGAAAAAUAAUAUUAUAUAUUCACUAAAAUUACCCUAAAAGCAAAAAUUCAAUAAUUUGCAACGCCGACAAUUCACGAGCAAACAAAAUCGUGCGCGGACACUUAUUCAAAGACAGUUCAGUUUGAAAACUUGUUCAUGCAAGGCAACCAGCCUUGCCAGCGUAUGCGUAUCAAUAUAGAAAAGAGUGGCAGCUUGUAAGCCAAUCCGUCGUUUUUGCACACUAGAUCGAUCAGUUUUUUUUCUCGUUCCGUGAGGGAAACUUUGCGGAAAAUGGCCAACGAGGAAGACGAUUAUGCUUUCGCUCUUAGACUGCAGCGUAUGCUGAAUGGCGAAAGCUGCGAGGGCGAUGCGGAUGAGAAGCAACAGCCAGCAUUAAAUGAAGUCCGACGCUCACAGGACAUACCAAAAGCACAUGAGUCUGAUUAUGAUUUGGCAGUACGGCUACAGAAGGAGUUAAAUGCAGAAGCCGACCCCUCUUCAAGUGAUGGUGAUCUCGUCGAAUCCUCUCCAAAGGAUGUAGUAAAUCUCACACAGGCGCUGGGUGACAUAGCGCGGCCGAAGUCACCGCGUCCACAGAUGUCAGCUCCGAGUACCAAGGACAAGAGCAGCAUGACGGCGCACAUUGACGAUGAUUAUCUUAAUCACACGCAGAACCUUGUGCAUCCUGAGUGGGAACUGGUCGACCCCACUCCAGAUGUUUUCGCCAUGUUUGUGCGUUUCGAUCAGAGAUUCUUUCAGGACCGUCUGGGCGCCGUUAGGGUCGAGUGGAGCAAGCGCAUGUACUCCUGUGCUGGCAUUUGCUAUCAGCGUGGCAACCGGUUAAUCAAGGAUAUUGUCAUUCGCCUUAGUGCGCCCCUUUUAAAGCUGCGCCCACGCAAAGAUUUGGUCGAGACGCUUCUACAUGAAAUGAUCCACGCAUACUGCUUUGUUCUCAACAUUCAGGAAGGCAAUGGCGGCCAUGGGCCCAACUUCAAGCGUAUCAUGAACACCAUUAACAAGGUAGCGGGCACUAAUAUAACGGUAUAUCAUACUUUUCACGACGAGGUGAAUGUAUACAAAACCCACAUAUGGCGCUGCAAUGGCAUUUGUCAGCACCACAAUCCUUUCCAGGGUUGGGUGAAGCGCACCUGUAAUCGAGCCCCAGGCCCCAGUGAUCAAUGGUGGGAGAAACACCAACGCGAGUGUGGCGGGACUUUCGUCAAAAUGAGUGAGCCCUCAAAGCCAAAGCCUGCUUCUAAAGCAGAAUCUAAGAAGCCAAAUGCCACAAAGAAAGAAGUCAAUUCCAAUGUCGCCGACAUACGCAAGUUCUUUGGGAAUGAUGGCGGCUCUGCGAGCUUCAAGAAACCAAAUAAUCCUAAUCAACCACCAAAGGCGGGGCCCAUAUCUAAUGCUUUCCCGCCCACUUCGUAUCCGGGUCAGUCCAAUGAUCCGUUUGCCAACGUCAAGCCUGUAGCUGCCGGCAACUUAAGCAAUGUAAUAGGAUUCGGAGACCUUAAUAGUGAUGGUGAGCGCGGUGCUUCCGAGCAGGCAGCCAAUAGAGGCAUGACUGGCCAAGGAUACAGCUUGAGCAAUGGCGAUCCAAAGCCACUUCAGGAUACUGUGGAUCGUGACCACAUGCGCGAAGUGUGGUCCAAGCGAUUUGGUAAUGAGAAAGCCAAGGCUGACAAAGAUCAUGGGGAUACGGAGGCCGCACGAAAGCGCCGUCGCCUUACCCAGGAUGACGCAAUUCCUGUUUGGGAAUCGUACGAUGAUGAUGUGCUGGUCCGAGAUGUCAAGGUGCCAACUAUUUGUAUAUCAGACAGUGAAAGCGACGGUGAAAAUGAGCCGUCAGAUCCGCCUGGACGCCAAAAAAUGACCAGCCAGGAACGCACCAUGAUUAUUAAGCGCGAGGUAAUGGAGGAUGAGCGGCUACUCUAUAGUGACGAAGAUAUUUUCAUGAUAGACGACGAGUUCGACGAUGAUGCCGAUGCCGAAGCGGAAACAGAUGCCAACCUUUCUGCCGCCUCCGAGCUUGCCGAUCAGUCGGUCAUAAAUGACAUUUUCGGGAGGGACACACUGAUGGAGGAGUUUCAGCGGGAUAACGAUGUCGUGCCCAGCGGCUCACGUUAUCAGCACGACGCGGCUAACGAUAUUACCUCGUGUCCGAUUUGCUUUGAAAGCAUGAAGCGCUCAGAUUUCGAGAAUCAUCUUGAGGGCUGUAGUAUUACUAUAAGAAUUCCACCACCUUCAGUAAAACCAAAGGCUAAAAAAGGGACAAACGUAGCUAAGGGACGCCCAAAACGCAACUCAGUGCGCAAGGAACUACAGAAGUAUGGCUAUACCGAUGCCGAAAUAGCCGAAGCUAACCUAAGCUCCUCAAGUACAGGUUCUGCCCAAAGUGGCAGUGAGGAAAUACGUAUUCGGUGUCCAUUCUGUGGUGAAGAGAUGCCGGGUUCCGAGGUAGACUUGCAUGCUAGAAACUGUUCAAACAGAAGAAGACGCAGGCGUUACCGUUAGGCGUUACAUAUAUUUGAAGAAACUUAUGGAAUUUAUAUUUUUUGUAUUGUUUAUUUUUUAAGCAUAGAAGUAACAAGUAAAAAUUUGAUAGGUUACUGUUAAA